AUGGCGGCGACAUCCGGGGCCUCCGGAGCGGCGGCGGCGGUUGCCGGCCCGGGAGCCGGCGCGGCCCCGGCCCUCUACGCCUGCACCAAGUGCAACCAGCGCUGCCCUUUCGAGGAGCUCUCCCAAGGACAGCAGCUCUGCAAGGAAUGUCGCAUUGCCCAUCCCAUGGUAAAAUGCACCUACUGUCGCUCAGAGUUUCAACAAGAGAGCAAAACUAACACAAUAUGUAAGAAGUGUGCCCAAAAUGUGAAACAGUUUGGAACGCCGAAACCCUGUCAGUACUGUAAUAUCAUUGCAGCUUUUAUUGGCACAAAAUGUCAGCGUUGCACAAACUCUGAAAAGAAAUACGGACCACCUCAGACAUGCGAACAGUGCAAGCAGCAGUGUGCUUUUGAUCGCAAAGAAGAGGGAAGAAGAAAGGUUGAUGGGAAGCUGCUGUGUUGGCUCUGCACUCUGUCCUACAAGAGAGUCCUGCAGAAGACCAAGGAGCAGAGGAAGAGCUUGGGGUCGGCGCACUCCAAUUCUUCCUCCGCUGCUCUCUCCGAAAAAGACCAGCAUCAUCUGAAACACCACCACCGCCAUCAUCACCACCACCACCACCAUCGUCACAGCGGCAGCCACCACAAAAUCAGCAGUCUGAGUCCAGAACAAGAUCAAGGAUUGUGGAAACAGAGCCAUAAAUCCUCUGCAGCUAUUCAGAAUGAAACUCCAAAGAAAAAGCCCAAAUUGGAAUCCAAGCCAUCUAAUGGAGAUAGUAGUUCUAUAAAUCAGUCUGCAGACAGUGGGGGGACUGACAAUUUCGUCCUCAUAAGUCAACUGAAAGAAGAAGUGAUGUCACUUAAACGCCUUUUGCAACAGAGAGACCAGACAAUUCUGGAGAAAGAUAAAAAGCUGACAGAGCUGAAGGCGGAUUUUCAGUACCAGGAGUCAAACCUAAGGACAAAGAUGAACAGUAUGGAGAGAGCUCACAAGGAAACUGUGGAACAGCUUCAGGCAAAGAACCGGGAGUUACUCAAACAAGUUGCAGCAUUAUCCAAGGGCAAGAAGUUCGACAAGAGCGGGAGUAUGCUGACAUCCCCCUGAAGGGCAUGCUGCUCACAGAGGUGUGAAUAUUCAAAAGGCGACGUUUUGCCAAUAACUGGCAU